AGUUGAGCUGUAGAAUUAACUAAUUAUUUACUGUGCUAUGAUGAUUGUUGUUACUAUGACAACCAAUAACAUACAUCAUUUUCCAGCCCCAUUAUCAAACCAUUCUCAGACCCAUUCUAGUACAAAAAAAGAAAAAGGAAGGAAAGAGCACGAAAUAGAAAAGCUUGUGUUCUGUUGUUCCCCUCAUUUGCUAAUAUUAUUUAGAUUCCAGUCUGGCUUAUAGACUAACAAUAAUCCCUUUCAUAACUACCAUUCUGGGAAGCUCCAUGUAAUUAUACACAUAUACAAACAAUAAUUUAUGAAAGAUUAAUGAUUCUGCUUCCAGCUCCAUUUUUUUAAACAUAUCUUGUUCAUCUCCUAGAAAUGUGCACUAAUUAUUUUGUGUCUCCUAAAUAUCUGAAUUUCAGAUAAUAACAAAAACACAUGAUAAUAUGAGAUAUAAGGACCCUUUAUACUUUAUCCAGCCUCUGUUAUUAUCUAAUACGCAACACAUUAGCAAAAUAUCAAAUACUUUCAUUUACCUGUUCAUCAACUCCAUCAUUUGUAAUGUUAUUAAUAAAAUGCAAAGCCCAACAUUGUAUAAGUAUGACACAAACCAACAAUCUUUCUUCAGUAUAGACAAAGAUACAAGUGAUUCUCUAUACACUGGUAAUGAAGAAAAUACUAACAUUUACUCUCUAAACUCUGAAGCUUAUCAACAGAAGAGUGUGCCUAAAAGUACAUUUCCCUUUGAUGAUACCAUGACUAGAUUUGAAAUGGGUGCAAGAGAUCAAAACUAUACUGAGGAGGAUUUAGCUAAAUCUAACAAUUCUUCUAUCAAUGAUAGGUCUCAGAACAGAUCAAACCAAGCUAAUAUUAGUAAUCAUGUGAAAACUGACAGCUUGCUAGCUCAUAAAUCAAAAUUUGUAGAUGUCAAAGAUUCUGCACAUGAAGAUCAGUAUAGGAGAAAUGUAUCUGAAGAAAUAUCACUUCUUGAAGAAAAUAGAGCAAACUACAAACAGUUUGCUUCACAGCUUGGUGCCCAGUUAUGGAACUCACAGAAGGAAAUGAAGGAGGAGCGAUCCAAGCACAAACCUAGUAGUAAUGACCCUGUUAAUCGUAUAGAUCAUCAUACCUAUCAGUCUUAUGCUGCUGGAAUACUACAUUCCUCGAAAAGAUCUGAGAAAUUUUUAAAGCUCAAGAAAAACUUUGACAUACUCAAUCAGAUUUCUGUUCUUGAGAAUCACUAUGGCAUUUCUAGUGCUGCUGUGUCUGAACCAAACAACAAUAACUAUAAUAAGCUUCCUCCUAAAAAACUUCGCAUGCUGAACCAACUCUACCAGGAAUUAAAUGAUGCGCAAAGCAAAAGAGAAUUCUAUUGCUCUCUACAUCCUGUCCAAAAUCACUGGAAUCCAAAUAAGGACCAAGGGUUGAAGCUUCAAAAACCUUUUAGAGAUCGAUUUGCAGUUUACAGUAAAGGUGUUAACAGAGACCAACCUGUGAAACAUGCCGAGAUAGGUCAAAUAAAGUCAUCACAGUCAGUUAAGAAUCUAUGUAUGAAAUAUACCAAACUUGAUAAUGAGAACAAAGAUCAGAAAUUGAAAUGUGCCAAAAGUAAUUCCAACUCAAAACAACACAGUUUUGCAAGCAACACUUUACCAAGGGUUCUUACAGAAGGAAAAAAAGACAAUUUGGGAUCAUACACACCCCGACCUACUCAUGGUACUAAUAUUGAAGAAGUUCCACAUUUAUAUGAAAUUCAUGUAAAACAUGCUCGGUCAUUGCCUCGCCUAAAUUUGCAAUCAUUACACAUUCGUUCUGAAUCGGCACCUUAUGAAAAUAAACGUGAGAGGCAUUCUCCAGUUCUGACUAGGUCUUCAUCAUGCAGAGACUCUUUCUUUGAUUUCUCAAAGAAUUUAGAAAAUAAUAACACCAACAGCAGCAGCAAUGACUUUCAUGGAAAUUUUCCAGAAAAUAAUUCAUCUAUUUCAGCAAUUCAUAACAAUUUGACAUUAAGUUCACCACAUGCAAAUGAGUGUUUAAAUAAAUCAUCUUUUAGUUCAUCUUCAACUGAAAAUGAUAUUCAUUUCAAUGGCAGUAAGUAUCAAUUUUGUGAAGAAUCUACAAGAAAUCCACAUGAAAACCUGUCUUUUAAGCAUGAUAGAAAGUUAACAGUAAUGAACAAAGACAGUGUCAUGAAUAACAUGACUGCCAUUGAUUCUCAUCCAUCUUCUCAGAAGGAAAACUGCAAUCCUUUCCAAACUGAAAAUGAUUACAAUCAGAUCACAGCACCUCUAACAAAUGGGAACAAAGAUCAUCAGAAUUCUACAGCAAGGAAUAAUGAUGAUACUGCGAAUCCAGUAUUUUAUAUCCGUGAUGUAAAGAGUUUUGUCAAAGACAAUAAUGAAUUUUAUAGGGAAUCUCUUUUUGAUGUACCAGACCAGUAUUUUGAAGUUCCAGUUUUAAAUUCUUCACCUCCAGAUUCUCCUCCACCUAUUGAUGAAUUAGAUAGGGAAGAAGUAACCUUUCUAAUGCAGUCACUUGACCCCUAUGAUAUUUAUCCUGACAAACCUUUUCCAACAGAUGAUCAUUCUGUUUAUUUUGAUGAUGACUUGAGACAAGGACAGAGAUUAUAUAAAUCCUUAUCUGUACCUUCUUUCCACACUGGAAAUGAAGCAGAGGAUUAUUUAUUAGAGAGCCAACCUGUGGAAUCUGAAGAUUUGCAUGAUGACAACAAAAAUCUAAAUCAAAUUAAAGAUGGCUAUCAUCCUAAUUUUACAAUGCCAUACUCUUUGCAAGCACCUAUGCAGCCAUUGGAACAUGUUGAACCUCAAGAGCAAGUUCCAAAUCAUAUUCAAGAUACAUAUAGUGCUAGUAAUUUUCAAUCAGAAAAUAACCAAAUAUACAAAAUUGAUGAAAAUUUAACUAUUCAAGGGCUUGACAGUGCUGAUAAGGAACUAAUAAGAAACCACAUUAAUAAUUUAAAUGGAGAGUGUUUACUUUCUGAACUGUUGUGCUCACGUAAUAGAAGGCCUCAUAGGAUUUCAAAUAAGCAAAAUAACUAUACAAAUAGUAAAGUUGAUCCCCAAAAUAUUGUAGAAAACUCUAAAGAAAAUAAGGCUAUCUCUAACACAAUUGGAGACAGGUCUACUUUAAGUUCAGUUGUCAUUUCACCCAAUUCAAUUUCUUUGACAACUGAAUGUAGAAGACCUACCACAACUAGUCACUCCCUCCAACUAAGUUCUAACCCCUUCUAUACUCCUGCCAGCUCAGAAAUUUCCACUUCAUAUCAGUCUGACUUAUUGCCUAAGUCAUCUGAUAGUAAGAUAGUGAAAAAAGCAUCUAAACCACCAGAGGUUCCUCCUCGUACAUCAGGUAUAAGCAUUAUUAAAGCAGCUAGAUCAGGUGUACCACCUCAUAUAUGUAGAAUAACCUCAGCAAAAACAUCUCCUGUACUAGAUCUGCCACCAAGCAUAUCUGGAAUAAACCCACUUAAAAGAUAUGACUACUCUGUUUCCCCAGACACAUCUGGGAUAAAUCCAUUUAAAACAUCAAGCCAACCAGAUAUAUCUACAAACAUAUCUGGAGUUAAUCCAUUAAAUACAUAUAACCAGUCUAAUGUCACAACAAUUGGAGUAAAUCCUUUUCUAACAUUUAGUCAAUCAGAUAUAUCUCCAAGCAGGUCUAGUAUCAACUCCUUUCAAACAUCUAGUCAACCUAAUCUAUCUCUUAACACUUCUGGAAUGAAUCCAUUUAAAGCUGCUAUCCCAUCAGAUAGGCCUCUUAACACAUUUGCAUCAAAUCCAUUUAAACCCUCUAAUUUGUCACAGCUAUCUCAUAGCACAUCUGGAGCUAGUGUAAAUGUAUUAUCUAAUCAACCAGAUUUAUCAGCUGGCAUUCAUGGAGUUAACACUGUCAAAACACCACAAACUCAACCAGUUUUAUUGAAUGAUACUCACAGAAUGAAUAUUGUCAACACAAUGCAAAACGAACUACAAAACAACAACUGGCAAAGAACACUUCCACAAAUGACUUCAAAUACCACAGCUACUACUACUACUACUUCUACAAUAACUACAACUGCUAAUGCAACAACUACUAUUAGUGCUACUACAACAACCACAACUGCAGAACAGGAAAUGAUUAUUUCACAGCCAGACCAAGAAAAUACAGCUUAUAAACAUCAAACAUCGGACAUCAAGCCGAGUCCAACAGCAGCCGAGAAAGAGAGGAGACGGAAAGAAGAAGAUGAAGAAUACAGAAAAAAGAGAUUGGAACAACUUUAUGACGAAGAAAGGCGUAGGAAAAAGAUUCUUGAAGAAGCGGAUAUAGAAGCCAGAAAGCAUUGUGAUGUAUUUACUAGAUCCAGCCCACUUCGUAUAAUUUCCUAUUCUAGAGAUUUUGGUCCAUCCCAGAAAUCUCCAAUACCAAAUGAUAGGUUUGAAGAAGUGGUAAGCACACUGAGUGUACCUCCUGAGCGCCGUAGAGGCUUUCAAAUCCAAGGAAAAGCAAGAGCACUCUAUUCAUUCAAAGCCCAGAAUUCAAAAGAAUUAUCAUUUAGAAAAGGAGACGUUCUUUAUCUUCACCAUCGACUUGAUAAGAAUUGGUUUGCUGGGGAGAAACACGGACGUUAUGGCAUCUUCCCAUGCAGCUAUGUUGAGGUAUUAACUUCAAUAGAAGCAGCCAAUGCAGCAGCUUUGCAAGCUGAAGGCCAGGCCCGUGCAAAAUAUAAUUUUGUGGCUCAGACAUCUGUGGAGUUGUCUUUGAAAAAGGGUGACCUGAUUACCUUAUUACGCAAAGUUGAUGAGAACUGGCUUGAAGGCCGCAUUGGUUCAAGGCAGGGUAUUUUCCCUAUUAGUUAUGUUGAAGUGAUGAGGCAGCCAUCUACUCCACUGGUAACCCCUGCACCGUCAGUAAUAUGUACACCAAUGACAGCUACCCCAGAAAUGCUAUCACCAGUUGGAUUUGAUGCUCCCACGCCGCCACCACAACCCUCACCAAGUGCCUUCAAUUACCAAAGACCUGGAUAUCUCUCACACCUGCAGAGUCCACCAGUAAUCAGUCCUUCUGUCUCCAAAACUGUUUUCUCCACCCCAACUCAACGCUACCAACAAACAAAUUAUAAUGACCAUGCCAACAUUAUGAACUCUCUGGAGAGCCAAAUUAUUUCUCCGAAAACAAAACAAAGUCCAAGUGCUGGUCGUAAAUCCAUGUCCCCUAUCAACAAAACUCCACCAGUUAUUCAAACAGCAGCAAAACCGAAAUUUACUCUUCCUGAAGAUGAUCUAGCUCUGAAAACGUAUCGUGCAAUUUAUGCUUAUAAACCUCAGAAUGAAGAUGAAUUAGAACUUUGGGAAGGAGAUGAAGUGUAUGUGAUGGAAAGGUGUGAUGACGGGUGGUACGUGGGUACUUCAGGGCGUACAGGAAUAUUUGGGACUUUCCCAGGAAACUAUAUUCAACCUGUAUGAUCCCAGCAAUGAAAGAUUGAAGAGAACUGACUAGCUCCCCAUU